AUGUCCCUUCAAGUGAACGACCCACGGUCGCGAACCAGAUCCAAAUCCCCUGGUCGCGAGCGCUCUCGGUCCCGGUCGCGCGACAGCCGAGCCCCCUCCCCCCGCGCUGAAAGAAAAGGCUACAGCCCCGACGAAGAAGCCGAAAUUGAGCGCCAAUACAAGCUCAUCAAUGACGAGCGCCGUCGCGAAAACGAUCCUCGCUCCGUCUCACGCGCCCCGAGAAGCCCCGCCCGCUACGACGUGAACCGUUCAGACUCGGACUCAGAGUCGAAGCGUCGCGAUCGCGAUGCAGACAGCUCGCGCCGACGUCGCGAUGACCGCUACGAACACUCGGAUUCCGAGCGCGGUUCUGCUGCCCUUGCGCCUUCGUCGCGGUCGCAUCGACGACGGCCCUCGCCAGACCGCGGAAGUCGCGUGAAACACGACGACUCCGACUCAGCCGAUGAUCUCGCUUACGGUGAUGCGCCAGGCAGCCACCCCAGCUAUGCGCGUCCGAAUAGGUACAGCUAUGCCCAGCCUACGCACUACGUGCCCACUGCACCGCGACCGGGCUACCCCGCCGGCCCGAUUGACUGGGCCUCGGUGCCGGAAUGCGAACGUCCUGGGUACGUGCCGCCUUCCUCGCAACCUGCGGGUCCGGCUACUAUGCCCGGCGCAUUCCCUGCGGCUUCGACUUAUCCCACUAGCUCGGGGUCUGUGCCGGCGCCUGUGGUUCCCCCGCAGUAUGCUGGUUUCCCGCAGGCUGCGUAUGCGACGAGCGCUGGUUAUACACCUGCGCAUUAUCGCACUGCCUCGGCUAGCGAUACUGGUUAUCCGGCCGCGGCGGGGUAUGCUAAUCCUGGCGUGUUCCAGUACGCUCAGAUCGAUCCUAUGGUGAAGUAUACCUCGAAGGCGGAGAACGCGGCACCGGUAUACACUUCGACGCAUGAGCAGUAUACCAGGCCACCGCCGCAGCCAUUGCAGAAUCCGUAUUACUCGCAAUCCCAGAAGCCGCAGCAAGCUCCAGAGCUGCCGUAUCGGCCUAAGCAAGAACCUGAGUUUGUGGAGAUCGCGCCUGGCGGGAAUCGCUCUAGUGCUCGUCCACACAGUCACUCUGUGUCUUCGAAUUCCCUCGCAGUUGCCGGAGCCAGCGCACCUCAUUCAGCCCUUCCCCCGGGUAGUCCACUGCUGGAGCCGUACCAUGGUACAUACCAGUCGAUCUCACCGAUGCCAUCCCCGAUCGUGAUCCCCUCCAUCCGCGACGACGACAUUUCCGACCUCGAACCCCUGGACGGCGGAACCUCAGCCUCAGACUCCAGCCGACGCAGCAAACACCACCGCUCGCACUCCUCGGUCAGUGAGCGAGACUCUCGCACACGUACCAGCAAAGACAAAAAAGACAAAGAGCGCGACGACCGCACCGACAAACGUCUCACCCGUCCCAUCCACGACCGCCACGACUCAGCCUCCUCGCUCGACGGCAAAAUCGUCGUCUCCCCAACAACCGGCCGCAAACGCGUCUCCUUCUACGACGCCGGCCCGGACGCCGCAGCGAUGCAAUCCGCGCUAAACCACACACGCAACAUAGACAGCAAACCCAUCAUCCAAAUCCUGCCCCGCCUAACAAGCGACGAGAUCAUCCUCCUGCGCGCAGAAUACAAAACCCGCGUUCGAAUGCAAGGAAAAGGAAUAAACCUCGCCAAACACCUCCGUCUCAAACUCGGAAGUUCCUCCUUCGGAAAACUCUGCUACGCAACCGCCCUCGGCCGCUGGGAAUCAGAAGCUUAUUGGGCAAACUGCUAUUACCAGGCCGGCACAUCGCGGCGCGAACUCCUAAUCGAGUCCCUGAUGGGAAGGUCGAAUGCUGCUAUCCGGGAAAUCAAAAACUCGUUCCGCGAUACAAGAUACGAUAAUAGUCUUGAGCGGUGUAUGCGCUCUGAGCUGCGGGCGGAUAAAUUCCGCGUUGCGAUUCUGCUUGCGCUUGAGGGUCAGCGGCAGGAUGAUCGCGAGCCGUUGGAUAAACGGCUUAUUCGGGAUGAUGUGCAGGAUUUGCAUCGCGCGAUUGUGAGGGAGGGGGGUGAGACCGCUAUGAUUCAUAUUAUUGUGUUGAGGAGUGAUUCGCAUUUGCGGGAGGUCUUGCGCGCUUAUGAGGAUAAUUAUGGGCAGAAUUUUACGAGGGCUAUGAUUGCUAAGUCGAGGAAUUUGGUGGGCGAAACCCUAGCGCAUAUCCUCAACGGCGCUAUAAACAGACCAAUGCGCGACGCUUUACUUCUCCACCAAGCGCUACGUGAAUCCCGUACUGGGCGCGAGCGCUCGGAACUACUCAUUUCCCGGCUUGUGCGUUUGCACUGGGAACCGAGACAUCUUGAUCUCGUUAAGAAUGAGUACAGACGUAGAUACCAUGAGCGUCUGGAGGAGGCUAUUGCGGAGGAGAUUCUGUCCCUGAAUGGUGGGCAGGAUUGGGGAGAGUUCUGUAUUGAGUUGGCACGGAAUGCUUGA